AUGGCUACUACCGCCGAGAAAGAAAAGCGUGACUCGGAGUCGUUUCACGAGUACACCAACGCUGGCGGGCGCAAGGCCGAAUCUACCCAGAACAUCAAUGCCAAGCUAGCUAAUCCUCUCGCUGGAUUGUCGCAUGAACAGCUAAUUCAGGAUGCAAAGGAUUUCGCCAAGCGUUAUGAUUUGGACGAUCUAUCGCUGGAGCUACAGAAGGGCGCUCUCGUCGCCCAGGACACUACACUGUUCGAGACUCUGCCAUUACUGGAUGAAGACGACAGAAUCGCCCUUAGGCGGGAGCUCACACAUCGCUGGGAUCAGCCAAAAAUGUUGUAUUAUCUCGUCAUCCUGUGCUCAGUCGCUGCAGCCGUGCAAGGCAUGGAUGAGACUGUUAUUAACGGAGCUCAACUUUUCUUCCCGAAACAAUUUGGCAUAGAUCCUAAUACACAGGAUGGUAAUGCUAGUAAGAAUCAAUGGAUACUGGGUCUAGUAAACUCCGCGCCUUAUUUAUGCUGCGCCGUCCUGGGUUGUUGGUUAACGCAUCCACUAAAUCAAUGGUUUGGACGUCGAGGGGCCAUCUUCAUAACAGCACUAUUUUCGUUCCUCACUUGCAUAUGGCAAGGCGUUACCAAUUCCUGGGAACAUCUCUUCGUUGCUAGAUUCAUCCUCGGAAUUGGCAUUGGUCCUAAGAGCGCGACAGUUCCUGUAUAUGCAGCCGAGUGCGCGCCUCCACCUAUUCGCGGGGCCCUCGUAAUGAUGUGGCAAACUUGGACAGCCUUCGGUAUCAUGCUCGGCUUUGUUGCCGAUUUGGCUUUUUAUAGAGUGCCCGAUAAGCCACAUAUCACCGGUCUCAACUGGCGUCUAAUGUUGAGUAGCGCUGGCCUUCCCGCUCUUUUCAUUGUGGUUCAAGUGUUUUUCUGUCCCGAAUCUCCUCGGUGGUAUAUGAUGAAAGGCCGUUACAGGGAAGCGUACAACUCCCUCUUAAGAUUGCGACACAAGCCCAUCCAAGCCGCGAGAGAUUUGUAUUAUAUUCAUGUUCAACUCGAAACUGAGAAGCAGAUUACUCGGGAUCGGAGUAAAUUGUGGGAGCUUUUUUCCAUUCCACGGAAUCGCCGUGCUACCCUUGCCUCCGGUAUUGUUAUGUUCAUCUGCGGUAUCAACGUCAUUGCAUACUACUCGUCUAAUAUUUUUUCUGAGGCCAAUUUCACCGAGAUUCAAGCACUUUUGGCUUCGUGGGGCUUUGGCAUGGUCAACUGGUUGUUUGCGUUCCCUGCCGUAUGGACUAUCGAUACUUUCGGUCGUCGCAACCUACUCCUGACGACUUUCCCGUUGAUGACGAUCUUCUUGCUUUUGACUGGCUUUGCCUUCUGGAUUCCUGAAGAAAAUGAACAUGCGAGGAUCGGUGUGAUCGCUUUGGGUAUCUACCUGUUUACAAUGGCGUACUCGCCUGGAGAGGGACCUGUGCCCUUUACCUAUUCAGCUGAGGCAUUCCCUCUAUACAUCCGUGACUUAGGAAUGUCGUAUGCUACUGCAACACUUUGGUUCUUUAAUUUUGUUGUCUCUAUUACAUUUCCUCGGCUUCUUGGGGCGUUCAAGCCUCAAGGCGCUUUUGGUUGGUACGCCGCAUGGAACGUCUUUGGGUUUUUUGCUAUAUUGUUAUUCCUGCCCGAGACGAAGGCGCUUUCUUUAGAAGAACUAGACCAAGUUUUCAGCGUUCCGACACACGUACACGCUGCAUACCAGAUUAAAGCACUUCCGCACAACAUCAAGAAGUAUAUCUUUAGAAUGAACGUGCCAGACCUACCACCGUUGUAUGACCAUGAACAGCUUGAAGGAGCUCCGAAAACGUAUGCGCCUGGAGGGGCGGGCCAUGCAUGA